AUGCACCGAGCGGAGAAAUUGUCGAUCCUUGGUUUAUCUAUUACAAGGGAUUUAAAAUGGAACGAACAUGUGGACAAAAUAGUUAAUAAGGCAUCGAAGCGAAUCUAUUUGUUGAAACAGCUUGAAAGAUUUGGACUUGACGCUGGUGAUCUGAAGUGCUUUUAUGUCGCUUCAGUAAGGUCGAUACUUGAAUAUGCAUGUCAGGUCUUCCAUUAUGGUUUGCCACAACAUCUGUCGGAUGUAAUCGAAAGGAUUCAAAAGAGAGCGCUACGUAUUAUUUACCCUGAACUAUCCUAUCAGGACGCUCUAGACAUGUUAGGUCUAAAGACUUUAUACGUACGAAGGGGUGAUCUAUGUAAUAAACCCUUCGCUUCAAUUUUAAACGAUGAAGAACACAAACUUCGUAACUUACUACCACCUAAA